GCCUACUCACUCAUUCUGUUUUGCCGAUUGGGUGAAUUACCAAUCUUACGCUACUUUAUGAUUGGGUGUUGCUUUGGAAAUACCCUUUGCUGUCAUGACAUUUUGCAACAUAUGUAUUAUACGAUCAGUAAGAGAGAGCAGAAGGAAAGUCAAGACCACAUACAGAGCUACGAUCUCUUCGACUGUGAACAGUACGUAUGACUGUGAACCCCCAAAGGACAACGAUGGACAAAAUGUGCAUAAUUCAAAGCAAAACACACCCUCUGUUACCGCUCAAACGGAAGUAGUAUAUAAUAACAAUAACACGACAAUCAGUGACACAAUUAAAGCAGAUGAUGAACAUGUUGAUAUUCAUUUAGAAAUACCUAAAUACGAUGCUCAAAAUACAGAUCAAAAACAAAGUGAUAAACGUCCAUUACAUGAUGCUCUAUCAGACGAUUCGUCGAGCGAAUCUAAUUCCGCAUUAAUUAAACAACAAGGAAGGAAUAGUCAACGACGAAAUAAACUUUUUGAAGACGGAACUCAAAGUAAGGAAAAGGUGAAAUCAUUUCACCGACAAACAAAUUCUGAAUCAAACAGGAAUCAAAAUAAUGUUGAUAACAAUUUAUUACACCCCAGCUGGAAAAGAAAAAGUGUGUCUGAACUAUCAAAAGAAUCCGCAUCAGCGAUAGAUUCAGGGACUGAAACGGACACUGAGAAAAAGUUUGCUGCAAACAAAUCCAAGAAUGAUACUUCAGUUCAAUUACGAUCUCCAAAAAAGAUCAGAAGACGAGAGGAGAUACGGCUAGCGUUUUCGUUGAUAAUAGUUGUUGUCUUGUUUGUUAUAUGUUGGUUACCGUACUGCAUAAGCAUGCUGUUGUCCAUAUACAUUCCUGAUUUAGUCCCGAGAGAGUUUCAUAUGUUUACAUUACUUAUUGGGUACGCAAACAGUGGUUGUAACCCGGUAGUGUACGGACUUAUGAAUCAAAGAUUUAAGGUUGGAUUUAAACGAUUGUUCUGCUUUUGGAAAUCACAUGUGUUCACAUUGAGCAGUAGUAACUCAUAAUUGCUCUUCAACUUUGUAAGUUAGAAUCCCGGUAUGGACGUUGGAUUCAUUCAUUUGAGAAAGCUAUAGACCAAGUUGUUGGUUCUACUCGAAUGCCCUUCCGUGCAUUUAUUAAUACAUGGGAAGGCUCAUGUGGUCUACAAGUAGACCGGGAAAGUCGCCAUAUGACAUAUGAUGUUUUGGUGCGAAAAGCCGAACAAAAGUGGUAACUCGUCAAACCAUCCGAAAUCACGUAUGGUGUUUUGUAUGUAGAUAACAAACACUUUCUGCUGUUGGUUAUCAGAAAGAGACAAAUUGAUGCCAUGUGGAUACGUUGAGCAGAGGACAUUAAACAAUAUUUAUUGUAAAGAUGUGUUGCUCACUAAAUUAAGGAUUAAAUUAACUGUUGUGAUUGCUAAAUAGUUCAGUGCAUGUAUUUUAUUGUUAAUAAGAAAUGAAAUGCUUUUAUUACGCCACAUGACCCCUAAAUUAUAUUAAUAUUUUAGGGUAAAAUGCACUUUACCGGGACGAGCAAUUUUUGCGAGUGCGAAAAAAAUGUUGAGGUCGUUCUAGGAAAAGCGGGGGUUCUGUCGGUCUAUUGUUACUUAAAGGUAAAAUGCAUUUAUUCCGAUUUUAUCAUUCUUAAUCAAAAGAUUCCGAGAAUAACAAGCAUUUAAUUUGUUUUCUUUUUGGAUAAAAAUUAGUAUUUUGCUCAAAAUAAGUAUUGCAGCAUCAACAAAACAUAUCGUCAAAAAUAUGGUAUUACCGGAACGCAUGACUUUCACAGUUUAGAGGAAAACAGAAAACAGUUUAGCCAAUAAAUAAUCUAUUAGCGAAAGUGGUAUCUUUGCGAAAUCUCCCCAAACGUUAUCUUCUCUAUAUUUUCCGAAUGAUGACGUCCCUUGUGCAUUAAUAUCAUCAGAAAUAGCUAAUUAUAUCCCGUUAAUUCUAAUGACUUCAUAUAUUUUCAUUAAAAAUUCCUGAAUUAGUAAUUUAUAAAGCAUUUUACUAAGAUAUAUGGCACGGAUAAGUUGCUUGACCUAGAACCGAUUUAAUUAUUUAAUUAUCUGGUUGAAUUCACCUGUUAGUGCCAUUUAUAUGCGUCUUGGUCCUUUGAUUUUUUUGUGUAGCUCGUUUGGCCGGAGCUGCAUUGCUGCGCCAUGUUUUUUGUUGAUUUUUAUAAAAAGUAUAAGUAAGAUUGUAUAUGCCGUAACAAAAUCAAAUUGCAUACAUGCACACUAUAUUUUAAUAUUUAUAUUUUGAUAAUCAAUGAUUUUACAUUUCUAUUCAAAUUAUUUUCGUACUUUUAUAAAUUGUUAUUUAUAUUAAAAAAUAAAUUAAAUACUGACGGAUUGUUAACCAUAGCCAUAUCGCAUUUAAAACAGCUUGUCCUUAAAUCACUAUUUGAAAAUAUGAAUUUAUUUGCACAUCUUAUUUUAGCAUGUCAGAAUAGUAGUUCUAUCCAAUUAAGAUUGAACGUCAGUUAUCGAAGAUGUCUAGGUUUUCUUGGAAUCGAUUUAAAUUGCAUAAUAAACAAUUUUGAUGCCCAAUUAUAAUAUGUAAAAAAACAACGAUUGUUUAAUCAUUGAAGCUACAUUGAAGCACCUCUGAUGACAUUAUUAUAGGUAUUUGAUUCAAUCCUGAAAGUUAAUAAAAUGUAAUGGUUAAAUGCUCAAAUUAAUGACCAUGUAUAAAUGAAAUAAGAAGUACUGAA